AUGAACGCAGAACAGGAGUUCGAAUAUGCAUCAUACAAAAAGGUUCACCAGCCACAAUAUGACGAGUCAACACAAUGUGAUUAUUUUCAAAGAAAACUGUACUCCUACAUUAAUUUCGACAUGCGCAGUCAGUUUCCAAAGGAGCCAGAAGAUAAAGUGAAAGUUCUACAAGAGUUGUACGACUCUGAAAAAGCUUAUGUCAUUUUCCUCACUGUGGUUUCGGAAGUUUUUGUUGGGAAUUUGGCGGCAAGUGGAACAGUUUCAAAAAAGAGAAUGCGAUCAUUAUUUGGUGAUAUUGGCGCAAUUUGUCAAACAAAUCAGGUAACUAUUAACAUUAUUUUUUAAAAAUAAAAAUCUCAUCAUUAUUGCAGUUAUUGCUUGAAUCGCUCCGCUCAAAAUCUGUUGCCGAUGCUUUUCUUCAACUUUUACCGUAUCUCAAGUUGUACACCUCAUAUGCUUCGCAAUAUCCAACUUCUCUGAAAACUUAUGCGGUGAGAUUUUAAUGAAAAAAAUUAUAAUUUUCAAUUGAAUAAUUGAAUAUAUUUCAGGAAUUGAUGAGUCGAGAAAAUUUCCGUAGAGAAAUCGCAAAAAUCGAGAGUGACUCAAGAUGUCAAAACAACAAUCUCAAUGCACUUCUCAUUAUGCCAGUUCAAAGAAUCCCUCGUUAUAUUUUGUUGCUCGAGAAAUUGAUGAUGUUUAGCACGGAACCUCAAGAAAUGCACAAUUUAUGUAGUAAGUUUUUUUUAUUUUUUCAUUUCAAAAUUGAUUUUUUUAAAAUCAUAACCGUUCACAUUUACAGAAGUUGUCGGUGAAAUGCGAACACUUUCCGAUCACAUGCAAUUGUGUAUGCUGACUUAUGAAAAUGGCGAGCGUUUAUUGACAAUUCAAAAAUCUUUUGGAUUGGAUAAGCACGUGUUUGUUCCUGGGAGAACUCUAAUUAAAGAGGGAAUGCUCUAUAAGGUAAGUAUUGCGAAAUAGUUUCAAAAUUCAAAAUGAUUUUUUCAGCGCGAGAUGUCUGGUAGUGCCCUUUUCCAAGAACGUAUUUUCUAUCUCUUCAACGAUGUUCUCCUCUAUGGUAAAAAACGAAUGCGCAUCGGAUCCAAACUGGAACCAUCUGCGAUGAUUUCGUUGCGUCAUACACAAAUCGAGCAUGUUCCCGUCGAAGGGACAAUUCAUGUGAGUUCUAGCAUUAAAAAAUUCUAUUUAUUUGUAUGAUUUUUCAGUUGAGAUGUGGAGAAUUGCGUUUGGUUAUCACCGCGGACACUUUUGAAUGUGUUAAAGAGUGGUAUGAUACAAUUGCAACUGCUAUUGGCCGCUCGAAACUCUUGAGGAAAACACUUCGAAAAGAGAGCUUCAAUAAGAAAGUGAUGAUUUUUGAGUGAGUUUUUUGUUUUGGGUAAAACCUUAUGACAAGGGUUAGCUGCUUGACAAAUAAUUUAUCAAGGAGUGAAGCCUAGGCUAUCUGAAGGCUCUCAAGCACUACCUGCUUGAGAAUACUAAUAACAAGGGUUAGCUGCUUUACAACUGCUUUAUCAAGGAGUGAAGCCUAUGCUAUCUGGAGGCUCUCAAGGAAUACCUGUUUGAGAAUAUUAAUGAUAAGGGUUAGCUGCUUGAUGAGUGAUUUAUCAAGGAGUGAAGCCUAGACUAUCUGGAGGACCUCGAGGGCUAACUGCUUGAGAAUGCCAACGAUAAGGGUUAACUGCUUGACAAGUAAUUCAUCAAGAAGUGAAGCCUAGAAUAUCUGGAAGCUCUCAAGACUUACCUGAUUGAGAACACUAAUGAUAAGGGUUAGCUGCUUGACAAGUGAUUUAUCAAGCAGUGAAGCCUAGGCUAUCUGGAGGCUCUCAAGGCUUCCCUGAUUGGGAAUACUAAUGACAAGGGUUAGCUGCUUGACUAGAAAUAUCUCACAAAAAAUAUCCCUCAAAAAAAUGAUACUCCAGAUACUACUUUUAACUGAAAAUCAACAAUUAUUUCUAACUUUUCAGCAAAGGCUUUUGGCGUAGAAGACGUGACGCUCUUCGAUCUAUGGUUGCAAAUAACGAUGUGACAACCACAGUGGAACGUGUGUUCUCAAGAAGACGACCAUUGGAACAAUUGAAUGAUAGCGAAUUUCUGAGCGGAAAUUGGACAAAUCGCAAGAGAAGUAAGUAAGAAAAGUAUUGGUAUUCCAAAAAUGCUUUUUUUUCAGAGAACAGCGUGGAAUCUAUGCCUAAAAAUACAAAAGUGAAGCGUCAUGAGACGACUGAUUUGAUCCGGGAGAUGAAACAAGUUUUUGAAAAGCAGAAAAAGGCUUAUGAUAAUGUUCUUGAAACUCAAAAUUAUGUUGUUUCGCAAUCAAGCUCCUCCUCAAUGGGCGACACAGACUCAGCAGCUGAUUCAGUUAUGGAUGAAGAACCUGAAAUGCCACUGGAAACUCCGAUUCUUUUCCAGAAACAACAAGAUGAAAAAGUAGAAGAGGAAGAAUUAGGAAUUGAUGAGGUAACCUUAUCAGGCAACAAAAACUUCCUGGUUUUAUCACAUAUUUUCAGGAAGACCGAAGACCUCGAACAUUUGGCGCUGAGCGCGAACGAUUGGCUGUUAGUGAGAUAAGAAAAUUGAGCUAUCAACAAUAUGAUUAUCCAAAAGUAGUUGAAGAAGAGGAAGAAGUUCCUCGAGAAUCGAAAAAACAACCGUGGUGGGCGACGGAAUGUGCUCCACCAGCGAUUGCAAAUCAAAAGCCAUCUCUUUUUGAAUCUGUCAAAUCAAACUGCACAAUCAUGUAA